GGCUCUGCAUUGGAUCACAGUACACUGGAAUGCUUGGAUCAUUCCUGAAGCAUGGCUUUGUGAAACGAACAUGGAAGGAUACAUUCUCAUACUAAUAGGUUUGCUUGCCUCUCAAGUGGGCACAUUCUCAAAUGCAGAGCAGGAUACCGUGGUGUUAUUCAACAGACAGGUUGAAGAAGGGAAAGUGAUGUGCCUUCAUUUUUGGUACAAGAUGCACGGCGACAGUGUUGGAAGGUUACAAGUCAGGAUCCUGAGAGGCGAGAGGUACACUCAUCUGUGGAGUAAGGAUGGUGACCAAGGAGAUGCUUGGAGGCAAAGCUGGGUCACUGUAAACAACACAGACAAUGGGGACGCACCAUUACUGAUAGAAGCCAUGAACAGCAGGAAUGGCAGUCAGAUUUCUAUCGAGAGCAUCACUGUUGUAUCAGAUCCAUGCCCAGUGCCUGAGAAGCAUAAUUUGUUCGACUGCAAGAAUGGAGAAAGUGUGCCAUUGGCCAAACUCUGUGACUUCAUCAACGACUGUGGAAAUGGACACGAUGAACUCUUGUGUGGUACAUGUAACUUUGAGGAGAACCAGUGUGGCUGGAAUGACUCAAGUUCGAGAAAUUAUCAGUGGCAAAGGGACAGAAAUGGAACUGAUACAGCUGGUACAGGUCCAGAGACUGACCACACGUUGGGGACAAGUCUUGGGUACUAUAUGGCUGCGGAGCUGAGUGGUGAAGUUCACAGCAAUGCUGUAUUAGAAGUUGAACUGAAGGAGUCGGCACCCUCCUGUGAGAUGCACUUUUGGUACCACAUGUGGGGAUCAGGAUUUGAAGGGUCCUUCCAUGGGAGCCUGGCGGUAUCAGUCUUAGGGCAAUCUAACAAAAUCAACAUGUGGGAGAAAGGUCAAGACAUGGGAAAUCAGUGGAAUUACAAAGUGCUCUACCUGGGAAGACAAAAGGGACCAUUUAAAGUGCAGUUAGUUGCUUCACAUAAUAUAGGCUCAAUGGAAGGUGACACUGCUAUAGAUGAUAUUGAAUUGAAACAUUGUGGCCUACCGGAACCUCAGCCAUUCUGCUCCAACACUGAGUUCCGCUGCCAGCGCGAGGCUUGUGUGGGCCUGGACAGACGCUGUGACUUCUCUGAUGACUGUGGGGACCAAACAGACGAGCAGGGUUGUGAGUUGUAUAUGAUGUGUGACUUUCAGGACAGCUGGGGUAUGUGGCAGCAAGAAACCAGUAAAGACACAUUUUCUUGGGAAAGGAAGUCUCCUACUGAGAUUUUUUUUCGGCCCUCAAACACUGGAUCCAACAGAGACCAUACCACAAACCUGAAAACAGGGAAAUAUUUAUACAUAGACACUACAUUUCCCCGGAAGCAGGGGGACACAGCUUGGCUCCUGAGUCCUGCUCUAUAUGCUGAUGAAGAAAAUGCAUGUAAGAUGAGGCUUUUCUAUCACAUGUAUGGGAGCAGCGUAGGAUCUUUGAAAAUAUACACACGCAGGAGCACCAAUGAGUCUCUGACUAAACAGUGGAUGAAAUCUGGUGAAGUUGGGGACUAUUUUGUUAGAAUGGAAGUCGUUCUGCCAGUGGGCAAUCCUUUCCAGGUUAUUCUCGAAGGAGUAGUAGGAGAUGGCCCAAACGGAUUUAUAGUCGUAGAUGACAUCUCAUUCACCCCAGGCUGUCAUGUAUUUGAUGGGACUUCACCAAAUACUACUGCAAUUCCCACCACUCCACCCCAAUGUCCUGAAGGAGAGGUCCCCUGUUCUGACCAGUGCAUUUUUCAGGAUAAAGUCUGUGAUUUCUAUAGCGACUGUGCAGAUAACUCAGACGAAACACAUUGUGGUCCAUGUGAUUUUGAACACUUUGCCUGUGGAUGGAUUGAUACCAGUAAUGGACUUUAUCAGUGGAUGUUAGAAAUGGCAAACAUCAGCAGCAAUCCAGGUGCAGACCACUCCAUAGGAACUCCAUACGGCCAUUUCAUGAGAGUGGAUGGUGGGUCUGGAGGUUUUUUUUCAAAAGCAAAUCUGGAAAGCCCAGUGCUAGGACCUACUGGAUUGGCUUGUCAAAUGAGCUUCUGGUAUCACCUCUACACAUUUUUUGGUGUGCGCUCUACCUCGAUCACAUUGAGUCUGCUUAAUGUAACAAGUGGUACAGCUGAGACUCUGUGGAGCGCACCGAAGAAGCAGAAUUCAGACUGGAUCAAUGUUAGACUUGAUAUUGGAAACAGGCCAAGGGGUUUCAAGUUGUUGUUUUCUGCUUCUGCAUCCUUGAGUGAGCAGGAUAUUGCCCUGGAUGAUAUCCAGUUUGUAGGCUGCUCUGUGAAAGAUCAUCCUCCAGGAACAUCACAUCUUUCCUGCGACUUUGAGGAUGGUUUGUGUGCCUGGUACCAGGACAAGACAGAUCAUUUUGAGUGGCAGAGAGAUAAUGGGGACACUGCAGGAAUCAGUAACCAUGGCCCAGGAUACGACCAUACCACUGGGAACGGGUAUUACAUGUUUAUCGCCACUGAAAGUAGACAAGAGUCUGCAUACAAAGCAAGGCUUGCCAGCUAUCCUCAGACACCUGCGAAAAAAAGAUGCGUGAGCUUCUGGUACCACAUUUAUGGAAGUAAUAUAGGGACUUUAAACUUUAUUACAAAGCAGGAAGGCAAGUCAGAGAAAGUGCGUUGGACUAGAAGUGCAACCCAAGGCAAUAAAUGGAACUUUGCUGAUUUCCAUAUCCCUGAAACCAACACGUUUGUUCAGUUUAUCUUUGAAGCUGUUCCAGGAGGAACACAGGGCAGCAUUGCAAUAGAUGAUGUUGUGAUCACUGAAAGUAUUAAUGGGUCUUGCCCUGCUGAGCGGGAAUGCACAUUUGAAACCUCCAGGUGCAAUCUAAAGGAUGUUGCAGGAGGCAGUUUCAACUGGACAAGAAUAACUCGAGAAAUCUCUACUAACACCUCAAGCCCACUGGAAGACCACACUCUGGGAACUGCCUAUGGUUUCUACUUGAGCACCCAGAUUUGGAAACAGGCAAGCAGAAAUGAGGGAAGAAUAGCAACCCGUUUAUACAAACCAACCCCUUAUAGUGGGGAGUGCUUGCAGUUCUGGUACUAUAUGAAGGGCGAGAAUAUAGGAACCUUUAAUAUUUACCUUCAGAAGCACAGACAGUUGAAAGCACUACUGUGGAACCAGACUGGAAAUCAAGGAGACUUGUGGAGACACGGACGUGUUACUGUGCAGAGUCCUGACAGCCAGUACCAGAUCAUAUUUGAAGGUGUGGCAGGAACUGGUCACGAAGGUGAUAUUGCAAUUGAUGAUCUUCUCUUAUUGAAUGGCCCAUGUCCUCCUGAUGGGUUCUGUGACUUUGAAACUGGCUUAUGUGGGUGGUUGAAUGUUGUUACUGAAGAUGAUAUAGACUGGACCUGGAAUUCAGGCAUAACACCCAGUUCUACACAUGGUCCAUUAGUUGACCACACCACCAACUCUGCAUUAGGACACUAUCUGUUUAUUAAGAAUAACCCGAUGAUUGGAGGCCGUAAAACCGCACAUCUUCUUAGUGAAUACAUGGAACCCUCUGCUACAGCAUGCCUUGUCUUCUGGUACCACAUGGAUAUGAUCUCUUUUGCUGAGGGAACUCUCACAGUGUAUAUUAAAGACUAUGAAGGUCUCAGGGCCAUCUGGAAUGCGAAAGGAAACCAUGGGAAAAUCUGGUUGGAGGCACAAGUAGACUACAAUUCUUCAAGUCAUUAUCAAAUUGUAAUAGAAGGAAAACAUGGACAUGCCAUGGAUGCAGGAAGCACAUCUCUAGAUGACAUCUAUAUUGAAAAGUAUCUGUCAUGCAGUGACAUGGCUUUAACUACAGCAAUACCCACAACUAUGGAACCCACACAGCCAGCCUCUCCACAGGACUGUAGUUUUGAGCAUGGGCUCUGCAAUUGGCAACAAGAAACAAACGACACCUUUGACUGGGAACGUCAAACAGGAAGUGCUGUUAUUUUACCUGAAAAUGGACCACUGUUUGACCACACUGUUGGCAACAUUGAAGGAUUUUACCUUAUAAUCUCAUCACAAGGCACUGCAAAUGAAGCAGUCAUUUCUGGGCCUAUGAUAUCAGAUGCCACUCAACUGUGUCUCAGCUUCUGGUAUUACAUGUUUGGAUCAUCAGUGUCAACUCUAGCUGUCCUUGUGCACACAGAGUCACAUCCUGACUCUGUUGUUUGGACAAGAAGAGGCACACAAAGCGCAUCUUGGAUAAAUGCACGAGUAACCAUCAGAAUGUUAGACAUGCACAAGAUAAAAUUAUCUGGAAAGACGAGUUCAAAAAGCCAUGGGUUCAUUGCUAUUGAUGACAUCUCUGUCAUGGAGGGAGAGUGUGUGUCUCAAGGUACUUGUGGCUUUGAGACUCUCUCAGUCUGUAACUAUGAGCAAGACAUCACAGCUGAUACAGACUGGGUCCACACAAAAGGCUUAGGCUCUGGGCCCCCAGCUGAUCAUACCUACAGCACUGAUAAAGGCUAUUUCAUGGCUGUGUUUGGGGAUGACUUGGUAAAAAGACAAACAGCUCAACUAUUGAGUCCAGAGUAUACUCCAACAAUGGAAUCCUGUGUUCGAUUUUGGUAUUGGCUGGCAGCAGACAGUACCAGCGUCUUCUCAGUGCACAUCAUGCAGAAUAAAGAACUGGGGCUGGAUCUGUGGGCUCUGUCUGGAAACCCUUCUCAGGACUGGGAUGUUGCUCAGAUCACUGUGUCUUCAGCCUUAAAUUUCAGGAUUGUAUUUAAAGCGCAAUUGGACCCUGCCAAGGGCUCUUUUGUGGCUUUGGAUGAUGUCACUGUGGCUGCGGGAGCAUGUCCCUAUACAGGAAGCUGUGAUUUUGAAGCUCAUCAGUGUACAUGGACGAACUCACAGGCUGAUGACUUUGACUGGAUACAAGCAAACGGACACUUCAGCGGCCCAAGUGUUGAUCAUACUACCCAGACCCCAGAGGGCAAGUGUAACCCCAGUAAACCAAGCACUGCUACUCAGCUAAUGUAUUUUGUGCUGCACAUGUUUUUAGUGCUACUGUUAAAUUUAAAGUCAUGA